AUGGCAAUGGGCGCCGCUGAAGAAGAGAAAUCUGCCACCAGUCCUGUCGUGGCGACGAAAGAGACGCCAAAUGUCACUUCAGCAUCACGGCCUCCGUCCACCUCUAGCGGCGAGGGCGAGAAGCCUCUGGCGGCCCCUGCAAAUGUUGACCUCGACCGCAUUGGCGAGGCCCAGGGCUACGUGCUCGACGAGGCACAACUCAGAAAGCAAUACGGCCUCGCCCCCAACGUUCCCCUGAAGAAGUCCAAAAAAGGCGUUGUCUUGAUCCCUCAGCCUACCAAUGACCCCGAGGAUCCGCUGAAUUGGCCAGCCUGGAAGAAGGGCCUCAUCCUUCUCGUUCUCGCUGUCAAUGCCUGCACGGCCGACUACUCGGCAGCCACCGGUGCGAGCGCGCUCAUUCCACAGGCUCAAGAAUGGCACAUCUCCCCUGAUGAGGUCAAUCACGCGACUGCUGGCAACACCUUCAUGCUGGGAGUUGGCGGUCUGGCAACGGUCUGGCUCAGUGCCUACUUUGGUCGUCUCCCUGUACUGUUCUGGUUCGGUUGUUUGUCCGCGGGGACUGCUGCUUGGUCUGCCGCAGCCCAGAGCUUCGAGUCAUACAUGGCGUCUCGGAUUCUGAACGGCUUCUUUUGUGUAGCAGCCGCCGGCGGUGGUUUGAUGUGGAUCAAGGAUGUCUUCUUCUGGCAUGCCCAUGCGCAAAAGAUCAACAUGUGGUCAACCGCGAUCAUCUUGUCGCCUUUCCUCGGCCCCCAGUUCAUGGCAGCCAUCAUCAGCGUUGACUCUUGGAGGACCGGCAUGUGGCUUAACAUGGCCAUCAUCGCAUUGGGCCUGCUUCUCACCGUCGUUUUAGGUGACGAGCCCUUCUAUCCUCGUCAUCUCAUGCCGGACCUGAGACCCAAGCGCAAGUCUCGGAUCCUGCGGCUGGUUGGCGUCGAACAAUACCGCACCAAGUACACGACCAAUUCAUUCUGGGAGGCAGGUAGCCGCUUGGGCUACACUAUCAUGAAGUUGCCGGUCUUUUUGACUUGUGUCUUCUACUUUUUUGACUUUCCAUGGACCAUUGGAAACAACACCACCAUUUCCGUCUUCAUUAUCCCGGCCUACAACUUUAGCUACCGCAACCUGGCCGCCAUCUACACGGCCCCGGUCAUCGGAGCUGUUCUCGGACUGGUUGUAGGCCAUUUCAUGUUCGAUUUCAUCGGCAAACUCUGGGCAAGGACCCACGGCGGGCUUAUCGAUCCCGAGAGCAGAUUGAUCCUGGUCUGGUUGAUCCUCCCCUUCAAACUGGUCGGCUACAACCUCAUUGGCGCGACUUUGCAUCAUGCCCCAGCUUGGUCUUGGUGGGUGCUUGCCGUCGGCUGGUGUAUGCACAAUUUCGCAACCAUUGUUACAACCACCGCCGUCAGUGCGUACCUCCUGGAUUCCUACCCCGAGGCCAGUGGCGAGUGUGCGGCGUGGCUCAACUUCUCCCGUACCCUGGGUGGUUUCAUCGUUGGCUACAUCCAAAUCAAUUGGGCCACCAAAGCCGGCACUCAAACGGAGUACGGCAUUCAAAGCGGCAUCAUGGCGGCAGCAUUCCUGUUGCUUGUGUUCUUGCAGUUCUUUGGACACAAACUGAGAAACUCACAAGGCCCGCUCAAGUUUAAGACGUAUUGA